CAAGAGUCAUGUGCUCCACGACCUAGCCCCCCAGGUGCCCCUUGAUGCUUCUCCUAAUUUCACUGUAGAGGGUGUCCUUCUCUCUGUCCUCGUCACCCCCGUGUGCCCCUCAUCUCUCUCUUUUCCUCCCAUCGUUAACGGUGCUUUGUCAUGUUCUUCCAGUUGACCAGGAUAGAUCACCCUCCCUUCCCUUCCCUUGCCCCCCCUGAGGGGGUCAGAUUCCCCAGUUUAGCCACGUUUAGUAUAAUGUCUUGUUUUGUUCUCCAAAGUUCCACCUGUCUAGAGGUGUUUUCCAGAAAGAAUAGGGCUGUAAGGUGGUCAAUCGAGAGGCAGAUUCAAUACCCUGCUCUUCUCUGACAGGCCAUGAGGGGGCGCAGUGGAGCCACAGGGUCUAAGAAGGACCAAGAAGGCCUUUUCCUGAGACCUUGAGGUCAGAGGCAGAGGUGCCCAGCCCAGGUCCGGGACAUGUCCCGCCCUGACCAGGCUCCAAAGUCAAGCCUGAGGGAGAUCUUCUGGUCAGUCCUGAGAGGCCGACGGCGGAAGCUGCCUAAAACGCCGUAGCCACAGCACCCUACGCCCAAAGUACUGGGAAGGCCCCUCCUGGGCAGGUGCUGGAGGGCCCUUUUAGGCGACGAAGGCCACUUCUGAAGUUGGGGCAUCCUAAGGAGGCACCGGCAGCCAAGAUGUCCACACAGAGCGCACACGGCCUAGAGCCCGAGACCUCGGACCUGCAGCCUGGGAUCCCAGAGACCCCAGGCCGCCCGCGGCGCCACACGCUUCCUGCCAGUGAGUUCCGCUGCCUCACUCCAGAGGAUGCCACCAGCGUGUUUGAGAUCGAGCGCGAAGCCUUCAUCUCUGUCUUGGGCAUCUGCCCCUUGUAUCUGGAUGAGGUCAAGCACUUCCUGACCCUGUGUCCAGAGCUGUCGCUGGGCUGGUUCCAGGAAGGCCGCCUCGUGGCCUUCAUCAUCGGCUCGCUUUGGGACCAGGAGAGACUCACUCAGGAGUCGCUGACGCUGCACCGGCCCCAGGGCCGCACUGCCCACCUGCACGUGCUGGCUGUGCACCACGCUUGCCGGCGGCAGGGCAAGGGCUCCGUGUUGAUGUGGCGCUACCUGCACCACCUGGGCGGCCAGCCGGACGUGCGCCGGGCCGUGCUCAUGUGUGAGGACAGACUGGUGCCCUUCUACCAGAAGUUCGGCUUCAGCCUCGUGGGCCCGUGCGCCUUCACGCUGGGCUCGUUCACCUUCACGGAGCUGCAGUGCUCCACGCGGGGCCACGCCUCCCUGCGUCGGAACAGCGGCUGCUGAACCCGGCGCCCUCCGACCCGGCUGCCGCCCCUUGGUGCCCACAGCCACGUGCUGGGGCUGCGGGGAGGCGGGCUGGGGGCUCCCAGCGUUCCCUUCUCUCCCCAGCCCGGGCUGCAUGCAAACUGUGCCGAGGUGGGGCUGGGUUGGUGACUGGGGACAGCAGGAGGUGUCCUGAGACCCGCCUGGUGACACGCUCACCCCCGGAACCCGUGGUGGGCCCUCCGGGCAGGCAGCCUCCUCGUCCUCACGGUGCCUGGUGCUCGGAAGGUCCUUAUUCUCCCCAGCCUCAGGGAUUCCCCGUCUUGUCCUCAGCCC